AUGGAUUUGCUAGCUACUGUCAGAAAGGAGGGGUCGCGAGGGGGUCGUGGAGAGUUCAAGUGGUCUGAUGUUGAAAGCUCUUCCCACCGUGAGAAUUAUCUGGGCCACUCACUGAUGGCCCCUGUUGGUCGUUGGCAGAAAGGCCGUGACCUCACCUGGUAUGCUAAAGCAGACGGUGAUGCCCAAGGUGACGAAGAUGCUGCCGCCAAAGCUGCAAGAGAACGUAAAGAGGAGAUUCAGAGAGUCAAACAGGCCGAGGAAGAUGCACUCGCCCGCGCUCUUGGUCUGCCAGUGCCCGAACGGAACAAUCCAAACAUGGAUGAGCUGGGGGCUCGACGUGAAGUUGACCACGCUUUGAAAGAGGCUGCAACUGGCGAGGACAUGGCGUCUUCCAGGGGUGUUGGUUAUGGGCGAAUGGCAGGGGUCUCGGCUAUGAAUGAGGGGAAAUCCAGCACUACGGAACGCCUCGAAGGCACCGUUACAAAUCAGGAAAAGGAGCUCGACUAUGCGCUCAAGGAAUAUAGGCGUCGUCAUGGCGACCGAAGGCACCGAAGCCGGAGUCGCAGUGGCCAUCGGCACCGAGACAGCCAUCACAGAAGAUACCGGGAAGACCGCCAUCGACAUAGGGAGCACCGAUCCCGGUCCCCACGGCGGAACAGGUCUGACCGUGUGAGAUCACAAUCACCCUCGCAAGCCCGAGAACGUGAUCAUCAUCGCCGAGCGCGAUCGAGAAGUACCUCUCGAUCCAGACGGCGCCGCGAAGCAGAUCGGGGCGACAGGGACAGAGACCACGACCGAGGCGAACGACGCUGA